AACCAUCUAUGUUUCUGUACUGAGUUCGUUUAGUUAACCAGAAAUCUGACAAGUGAAAACAUUCAAUAAUGGCCUUUAAAAUAGUUUGUUAGUGUAGUACUAGUGACAAUUAUUAAUUUUUAAAUCAUUAAUUCUACGAUGACAAAGGUGUUUGGAUGUGAGAAUAGAUGUAUAGGCGACAGAUUCAUUCCUUCCAGACGAAAUUUCAAUGUGGAUUUAUCACAUCAUCUGUUGAACAAGAACACUGGAAAGCAUAAGGAUGUAACGGAGCAGGAUAUAAACGAGUGGUCGACACAGAACUACGAAGAUUCGGUUGGAAAGUACAUUGGCUUUGAUUACAAGUCGAACCGGAUUUUGCCAUUUUUCGAUUCAUCGCAACCGGCGAGAAAAAUACAAAAAUUGGCAGAAAGUGUGUGGCCUGUGAAACCUCGCAAAAAGCCCACUGUUGGGUCACCGCAUGCCAUUCUUGAUUUGCCAAAUUUUGUCAAUUUAUUUCAAAAGAAUGUGCUGGAUUGGGGCCGAAACAAUUACAUAGCUGCCGCUCUGUGGGACUCUGUGUAUUUGUGGAAUGCUGACACAAGCAAAACGAUUCCCAUAGCCAGCCAUAACACAACUGCUCUCAAGUGGCACCCAACCAGAUCUCAAUUGUUCAUCGCAACACCUCUAUCCAUAAAGGUGUGGGACAUGGAAACUGCCCAAGUGAAAUACUCAUUGGAAGUGCACUGUUUACUCGCUCACUGUGCCAUUACUGCUGUAGACUGGCAUCCUUUCAUUGAUGUGAGGGCCACGGGCUGCAGCCAUGGCACAGUAUGCCUAGUGAGCGAGACGCAUAACAAGGUGUUGCAGACUAUGUCACCGGCAGUCGGCGCCAUCUUGGCUGUGGCCUUCUCGCCCAAUGGCCGCUUCCUGGCCUCUGCCUCCAUGACGCCCUAUGUCGAGAUUUGGACCUACCCUGACGGAGUCCCCUACUUCCGAGUGCGCAUGAGCUCACCUACCAGGGGCAUAGCGUGGCACCCCCUGAAACAGUCUUACCUGUGCCUGGGUGAUGUAAACGGGGUGAUGUCACUGGUUAAUGUCGGUAAGAUGACAGUAGUCACAGAUUACCUGCCCGAGAGAACCGGCAGUAUGCCGCAUGCCUCUAUCUACUGUCUCACUUUCAGUGAGAUUUCUGGUGAACUGGUCACUAGUCACUACCUUCAUGCUAGCGAAGCCCGUUCUAUACCAGUUGCACAAGUCAAUGUACUUUCAAGCUUUAAUAAACUGGUGGACAGAUUCGAACUGGAUCAAAACGACAAAGUAAUGUACUUGAAAUGGAACCCGGAUGGAACGCAAAUUGCAACUGCAGGAACAGAUGAAUCACUUCAACUCUGGAACUUCCUGCCUAGCAGUAAAGCUAAAAAACCCAGGAAAGAUGAACGUUAUGAAAAGCUUUCUCAAAGGGGACAAGUUACCUUCACUAACCAUUUAAGGUGUUCCAUUAGAUAAUGAAAUAAAGAAGUCUAUGUAUCUUUUAACCAAACUGUUAUUAUUCAUCUGUUUCUUGAAAAGAACAUUGUUUUUAUUUGUGAUUUUUGAUUCCACAUUUCCUUAUAACUGAAUAAACAUAAUUCAUCACCAGUUAUGAGACACAAUGUGCAAAUAAAAUUAUUGUUUAUGAUCUUUAUGAUUGUUUUGUGAUUAAAUCGUUUAUUUUUGUAUUAGAA